AUGCCCGCAAUGGGCUCGUCCCAGACGCCCUACUUUGCCCAGUAUCCGGUCAAGACAGAAGACUUGUCUUCUCCCGAUUUGUCUCCGGAAAACUCUUCCAUGCCACACUUUCAAUUCAAGUUUCACGCCUCCCACGCUAUCCUUUCUCACUCUCGCUCCUCUGCAGACAACAACCUCUCUCACUUUCCGUUAUAUCGCUUUGGCUCUUCCGCAAAUCUCUGGCCCAAUCCUGUCUCCCAUCUUCCCCCCAGGCUCAAUUCAGUCUCUCCUGCCCAGGACAGACCCAUCAGUCCCUCCCAGUUCCAUCACUCCGCUGCCUCUGUCGAACCACACAGCAUGUCCUACAGCGAUGACUACGACGAUAUCACAGAGCUCCCCGCAGAUCAUCAUGGUUUGUCCUACGUCGGGUCCAGUCCUUCCGGGGCAAACGAUCGCACAGUGAGGCGCAGGAGCAGCAAAGCCUGCGAUCAGUGUCGCAAGUCAAAGUGCAAGUGUGAGCGUUCGGGUCCGAGCGAGCCGUGUAAAAACUGCAUCAUGUUGGGCACUGCCUGCACUUUUCUUGGUCCAUCGCGGAAGCGCGGCCCGCCAAAAGGCUACAUUGACGCCAUCGAGGCUCGCCUCCAUCAGACUGAAGCCCUGUUGGGCAUCAUGCUCGCCAGCGCUGACCCUAGAGCACAGACCCUGCUCCGCGAUAUCGGCAAGGAUCCGUUGGCGAAGGAGAUCAUCACUCGUGUGGACAACUCCCCUUAUGGAGUCAAAGGUCGUAAGCGCGAAGACAUUGCCCUUAGUAUCGGUGGUAAAAUACGCUCUGGGCACAGUUCCGAAACGUCUCUCCCUGGUCAAGCAAAGACCGAAUCCGCGACUAUUGAUCUCACGUCCACUCACCCUUCCAAUGAAUGGCAGGACAAGGUAUCUAAAAUGUUAAACGCCGUCGCGUCCUCCUCCUCCUCGGAGAACAAUGCCGACAACCGACCCGCGUCCACUCCAAAAUCCCAUUCAAGCGAUGAACAUCCUUCACCGGACGGAAGACGUCAACGGCGUCGCAUUGGCGACGAUGAUUAUCCUUACCAACAGAAUCCCAAUUCUGCAUCUGGGUCAGCUGUGUCGCUUCAUCAGCCGCAGCAGCAGCAGCAGGCGCAUCCUCUCGAGACUUCUUCCCGCCAUCGCGGUCCGUAUACACCACUAAGUCCCGUGCGAGGGCGCUUCCCGCACUUAAAUGGAAGCUCACGCGCAGGGGACGCACAAGGCGGCGAUAGGAGAAGCUCGAGCGUCGAUGAGAAUAGCCUGACCGAGGAUAGCGAGGACGAGCUUAUGGGCGCUGUGGGUCAGUUAAGCUUGAAUGAGGACGAACAGGUCAGGUAUCAUGGGAAGGCCAGCGGGCUGUAUCUUCUGGGAAACAAGGAAAGGGUGGAUCAGAGGAACGAGGGUGGUAUCUGGAGGUUUCCUAAAGCGCGCGUGUGGCCCCCACUGCCCUCCGCAUCUGCUAUUUUGAGCGGGGAGGACGAGUUCGCAUCUCAACUCCCGCCGCUUCAGCUCCAGGAGCAUCUUUUGGAUCUUUAUUUCACUUAUGUCCAGCCGCUCUUUCCUAUCAUACACAAGAAAUCUUUUUUGGAGUCUUUCAGAGCCUCGACACAAGCUGAUUCACCACCGACCUCCGACCCCGAUGCAUCCAACACAUCUCCGUUUAACAAGCAGCACCGUCGUAUCCCGACGGUACUGCUCCUGUCGAUGUUUGCUCUCGCGUCCCGCUACGAUGAGACCGCCUUGCCUCCGUCCGACCCGUCCGUGAUGUGGUCCGCUGGGGAUGAGUAUUUGGAUCACGCUAAAAUUAUGAUGGAUAGAACAUAUGCUUCCUCUCGUCCUUCGACGUGUCAGGCUUUGCUAUUGAUGGGGUAUAGAGAGAUAGGAAUAGGUGCCAUGGCGCAAGCGUGGACAUAUAUCGGUAUGGCGAUACGUAUGGCGCAAGAUCUGGGUAUGCAUCGCAGUGCCGACGGAUGGGAGAGAGUUGGCUUAGGCGGAAGGUUGUUCAGUGAGUGGGAGCUGAACGAAAGGAAAAGGAUCUGGUUCGGGUGUGUCAUUAUGGACAAAUAUGUCUCUACGUAUAUUGGCCGGCCACUCAUGAUCUUUGAAUGGGAUUUUGAUACCCCUCUUCCGAACGACGAAGACCCAGAAGAGUUCGAAGAAUGGUCUUUGGAGUCUGCUCGCGGCGAGCGGACACCCCCCUUGCCAGCGCGGAGCAUAUCCUGUUUUAACGCCUCUGCCAUGCUCUCGGGUAUCUUGAGUAACAUCGUUCAGUCCAUUUACGCUGUCCGUCCGUUGUCGAGUCGCCACGCGGAAUCGGCUGUUCUGGAGGGGCUGCUGGAUAAGUGGUAUAUCGAACUACCGGACCAUCUGCGAUACGAACCUAGCUCCUCUAAACCCCCUCCACUCCCUAAUGUCUUGACACUCCAUAUGCAGUACUGCAUCCGCAAUAUGGUUCAGGCAAAACAAAAACAAUCGGAAACGUCUGAUGACCCUGACGCUAGAGCGCUUACUGCGAAGAGAUACGAGCUUUGCAAUGCGGCGGCUAAUCAUAUCACCACUAUAGUUUCGUUGUAUCAGGAGAAGUACUUGAUUGCUCGAUGCCCCGUCUUUUUGUGUUACUAUGUCUUCACCGCUACGAUCAUGCACGAUACUAAUCUCACCGUGCAUCCGAAUGACCCGCAGGCUCGUAUCGGGUUUGCGAAAUGCAUGAAUGCCCUUCGUGCUAUGAGGGUAGUCUGGCCCAGUGCCGCUAGAGCCCUCGACCUCUUCGGUGGUACAAAAGCCGAGAUGUCCACAGACCCAGCACCACCGAUACCUUUAAGGCAUAUACCUACGGAACGCAACAAGCGCGUCGCCGAUAACGUUCUGGAUGAUAGUACCUUUGGCAGCAGCAGCAGUACACGGGUACUGCAACACUCGUUUUCGAACGAGUAUCUUCGGGAACCGCUCCGCCCGCGCGGGUCGAUCCACCAGCAAACGUCGUUCCAGCAUGAUGCGGGGACCACGUCGUUUGACGACGCUCAGUCUGCGUAUAAUGUGUCGCAGCCUCCUCCUCCUUCUGCUGCCGCUUCCUCGUCUGGUGGUAUUUCGCUGACGAGUAUGAAUGCGAACUCUAGUUAUACGACCUGGCAUGGGAGCAACAUGAACCCACACAGCUAUAAUAAUCCCCUUUCGACGGCGGUGCUCCCUCAGCUUUAUAGUACUGGGCUGGUGGAUGAAGGGAUGCAUACCUCACAUACUAGACUCCAUUCUUCGCAUAAUUCUGGAGACCAGCAACAAUCCCAGUCUCGUCGGUAUCCGCCUCAGUACUUUGACUAUUCGUCGUAUCCUUCGCAGUUGGGAGCUGGAUAUGAUAUUCCACAGAGUGUUCAGGUAGCUCAGCAACAACAACAACAACAGCAGCAGCAGUCUCAGCAGCCUUCAAUGUUCCUUACAGAUCAAUAUAGUAUAUAUAAUAACCCUCCAUAUAACACCCGGUAG